AUGGGAAAGCAUAGAGAAGAUCGGCCCGAUGUUUCUCCGGUAGGCAUCGUCAUUGCCCAUCCACUGAGUGAGAGCUCCCUCAUCGCGCUUAUCGCACCACCACCCUCCAUGGACGUCUCCAACAACCGUCUCUUCCGCUGGUCCAAGCCUGAAUGGCUCAACAACUCUGCCGUCCGCAAUUCCGGGGUCUACACCGCCGGUGCCCUGUUCGCCGCAGGCUUCUUCUUCCUCAUUGACGUCGCGGCAUUCUCCCGCAGCCCGCGCAACGGCUCCGACGUCCACAUCAAGUUCAUCGACUGGAUCCCGGGUAUUUGCUCGGCGCUGGGUAUGCUGGUCAUCAACUCAAUUGAAAAGUCGCGACUGCAGGCCGAUAGCUUCAGCUACAGCGGGAGCGGGGUUGCCUGGAAGGCGCGGUUCGUGCUGUUCCUGGGCUUUGCGUUACUGGCAGGCGGUUUGGCGGGGAGUGUGACGGUCAUGGUCCUCAAGUAUCUCAUCAAAGACUACCCGAUCCAAACGCUGUACUUUGGCAUUGCGAAUGUUGUCGCGAACAGUUUGGUUAUGCUGAGCUCUGUGGUUCUCUGGGUCUCGCAGAACAUGGAGGACGACUACACCUACAACCUCGCGCUGUGA